CUCAACACUUGGAAGGAGGCUGUGCUCAUUACUAUUAUUUUCCUUUAGGACUGUCAGAGAUGGGCUGUCUUUUUCACUAUUUCAUGCUCUCCUUAUCUGCUUCUCUUUCCACCCAUGGUAAUUGAGGGUGGCUGUAGGCCAGUAAAAGUUCGGACUGAAGGGGGGGUGGAGAGGAAGACGGAGAAGGACAGAAACAGAGAGAGCUGCUGGAAAGGGCAGGCUUUCAUUCACCAGAGAAACAUGUGCACUUCUCCCUAAAUUCAGUUUCUGUAAUCCCAGGGCUGUGAACAGUAUUGAUCAUCGUCUCUCAAUGAGAGGAUUAACGGAAAUUCACUCAAGGGCUUGGACGCUUUCUGGUAUACAAUUGGAACUUGUUGCUGCAUAAUGGGUUACAAAGCAACAUCCAUGCAUUGUGUCCUGAGAUGCCUGUGCUUCAUGCUUCUCCAUUUAUUUAGUACAGCACAAGAUGAUGACAUAAGAAGUUGUAGGACCGCCCCUUGUGAUUUGGUCUUUAUUUUAGAUGGAUCGUGGAGCGUCGAAGAUGUCAGUUUCGAAAUAGUAAAACGAUGGCUUGUCAACAUAACCACAAGCUUCAACAUCGGACAGAAGUUCACCCAGGUCGGAGUUGUCCAGUACAGUGACGACCCCGUUUUAGAAAUACCUCUCGGGAAGUACUCCUCAAACAAAGAUCUCAUUAAGGCCAUGGAAAAUAUUGAGUACAUGGGGGGAAACACAAGGACAGGGGCAGCCAUUAAGUUUGCCACAGAUAAACUGUUCGGCCUCUCGGAGCGAGGCCCGGCAGGCAUUUCCAGAAUUGCUGUUGUCCUCACAGAUGGGAAGUCACAAGAUGAGGUUUUGAAAGCAGCAGAGGCAGCAAGGAAAAAAGGAGUAAUUCUGUUUGCAAUUGGUGUUGGGUCAGAGACAGAAGAGGCCGAGUUAAGGGACAUUGCAAACAAGCCUUUUUCAACCUAUGUUUUCUCUGUUGAGGACUACAAAGCCAUUUCUAGGAUCAUACAGGUCAUAAGACAGAAAUUGUGUGAAGAGACUGUCUGUCCAGCAAAGAUUCCCAUUGAUUCUCGUGAUGAAAAAGGUUUUGAUAUUCUGCUGCAUUUAAAUCUGGCCAAAAAAACAAAGAAGACCCAAGGUGCAUAUUAUGGCACCAAGGCCUACGAAGUGACGUCCCGUGUCGACCUGAGCGCAGCCACGCGGACCCUGUUUCCCGAUGGCCUGCCUCCGUCGUAUGUUUUUGUGGCCACGCUGAGGUAUAAAGGAUCUGUGACAAUAGAGGAGUGGGACCUGUGGAGAAUACAGACCCGUGACGGGAAACCUCAGAUGGCGGUGACGCUGAAUGGAGUGCACCGCACCGUCUCGUUCACAACAACCAGCGAAGCACCGAGUGGAACGCAAACUGUUACAUUCUCCCAACAGACAGCAAGGAAACUUUUUGAUGAGGCAUGGCACCAGCUGCGGCUGCUGGUCACUGAAGAGGAUGUUACUCUUUAUGUUGAUGACCUGGAAAUUGAAACUCUGUCCUUGGAGCCCCCUGUUGGCAUUUUCAUCAACGGAAAAACCCAAGUUGGAAAAUAUGUCAGGAAAGAGACCACAGUGCCAUUUGAAAUACAGAAACUCCGUAUCUACUGCGAUCCGGAGCAGAACAACCGAGAGACAGCGUGUGAAAUACCUGGAGUUUGCUCUAACAGUCCUGAUUACACUGAACCAACUGAGGAGCCUUGUGUUUGCCCUCCUGGACCCCCUGGACUUCCAGGUGUGAAGGGAGAACAAGGAAUCACUGGCAAACCUGGUCAGCCUGGACCUGCUGGUGCUGAUGGUAAGCCUGGGAUUCCUGGCAUUAGAGGAAGUCCAGGGCUGCAAGGUCCACCGGGGGUCGAGGGAAAACGUGGGCCAGAUGGGUACAAAGGGGAACAAGGGAGACCGGGUGUUUCGGGUGAGAGGGGGAUGCCUGGAUUACAAGGACCAUCUGGACAACCAGGAGAGAAGGGCUCAGUCGGAUCACCGGGACCUGUCGGGUUGCCGGGGAAAGCUGGCCAAAUGGGUGAAAAGGGAAGCGUGGGACCUCCCGGGCCUCCAGGUUACCCAGGAGAACCUGGUUUACCAGGGAGAGAUGGCAAGGAUGGAUUUCCGGGGACACCUGGUCAAAAGGGAGAAGCUGGGAUCAGUGGUAUUCCUGGCGUUGAUGGACGGAGAGGUCUUCCUGGUAUGCCUGGGUUGCCAGGAAAUGCAGGCUUGGAUGGACAAAAGGGGGAAGCAGGUUUGCCAGGACCAAGAGGUUUCUCAGGAUCAGCUGGACCACCUGGAGAGAUGGGUUUACCCGGUGCACUUGGUUUGAAAGGACCACCAGGACUUAAGGGGAACAAGGGUGAAAGUGGAAGUCCAGGUAUACAAGGGGCAUCUGGGCCUGCGGGGAGUCCAGGAGGACCAGGAUUAGCAGGUCAACCGGGGCACCCUGGCAUGCCAGGCCUGAAGGGCAGCAAGGGACAAAGAGGAAACCCAGGUGAAAAAGGCGAGGGGGGAAUGAGGGGUGAAAAAGGAGAGACUGGCCGACCAGGGGAGCACGGUUUGACUGGUGUGACUGGACUGAAAGGAGAGAAAGGGACAUCAGGGGAUCCAGGGCAGAGGGGUCAAGAUGGUCUGAUGGGACUCCCUGGACAGCCGGGUCACACAGGCCCAGCCGGCCCCCGAGGGCUCCAGGGGGACCUCGGUCCUCCUGGUCCACCUGGACCCGAAGGAAGAGCUGGAAGUGAAAUGUCAGAUAUGCACAUUCGACAAAUUUGCAGAGAGAUUCUUCGAUCUGAGCUGCCGAUGCUGUUGCUGAGCAACCAGCAAAGUAGUUGCACUAACUGCCACAGCCAACCGGGAUCUCCAGGUCCACCGGGUCCCAUCGGGCCUCAGGGACUCAGGGGUCUUCCUGGAUUUAGCGGCACCAGGGGACAGCCGGGCCACCCUGGUAGACCAGGACACCCUGGUGUUCAUGGGCUUAAAGGAGAGCCUGGUUUGAAGGGUGACAAGGGGAGCUAUGGUCGAAGUUCAAUUGGAGACCCAGGACCACCUGGGCCACCAGGCCCGGUAGGUCCCCAGGGCUACGGUAAACCAGGUCCUCCAGGUAAGCCUGGUCCCCCUGGUCUAGAUGGAGCAGAGGGUAAAAGUGGUAAUCCUGGCAUCCCUGGCCAACCUGGGGUGUGUGAUCCAUCCAUGUGCUAUGGUAGCAUGAUGAGGCGAGAUCCUUAUAGCAAAGGGCCAAACUAUUGAUGUAAACCAGUGUCAGUGCAGGCACCAGUGUAGAGCUGAUGUGGAACAAACAGCCAUUCUCAGGAAGAUCUCAUCUUUACAGUUUCUCUAUGUCAUGGAAACAAACGGACCUCUUCGAACAUGCAGUCAUCACCUACAUCCUAUCGUAUUUUACCUGUUGUGAUUCUGCAUUACUAUCCAAAUGUCUUCUAAUGGUGUUAAUAAUUGGUUGUAAUUACUACGCCCUAAACUACUUCACGUAUGUGGUUUAGACCUCUUUUGGGGCAGUGUAGUUGGUACGUUUUCUCACAUUGCCCUCUGGUGUUGCUUCGUUGCAUGUUGCUCUCUACAUCUUCACUACACUUUGGGAAGGUGCUACAUGUGUUCAGUUAAAACACAACUUAACAUAACUCCCCAAUUCCAUGUUCAGUCAGUGAUUUCAGCAUAAAUUAUACCUAAACAAAACUGUGAGUUUGGUUUCCUGUACCUGAUUACGAGUGGCUGUAAGUCUGUUUUCACUUAAGGCACUUAACUCAAGUGCAUAUAAUGUAUGAUUCGAGACUGAAUUAAUAGGACGGUGUUGCAUAAUUCCCUCCCUAUCAUAAUACUCAAUCAUUCACAUAUGAUUUUUAUUCCAUUUAGGAAAUACAAUGUUUUAAAAUGUCACAAGAACGUGCUGACAUUUUGGUUUGAAAUUAUGUCACUUAUGUUCCCAAAGCUUAUACUUUAAUUACUGUAGCAGGUAUUUUAUUAUUGUUAUUUAUGAACUGAGUCAUAACUGUGUAUUUUAGCAGUGAUGUGUUUAAAACAGCUUUUUUGUAAUUUUAUUAUUUUUGUUAUUGAGUCUUUUGUAUGGAAUCUUUUUUUUUUUUCACUAGAAUUAAAACAUCUUAAUAAUUUGUGAAAUCCGAUGUUUAUUUCACGGCUGUAUCUUGUCAGUGGUGUGUCUCAUCUUUACCUGGAGGCGUUCUGUCUGUGUUAUUUGUGAACAACAUUUUUGACAGCAACAUCAAAAAACAGAAGUGUGAAG